AUGUUCCCUCCUUCAUUACUCGAGCCCACCGUAUCUAUCAGUUCCCUUACCAUAUUGACAUGCAUCACUGAAGGGUUUGGGAAGACAAUAACACCAUAUGAAGAUUUAUCAAAUAGGGUGGACUUGUCGUGCCCAAAGAUUGGAAUACUCACCUCAAGGAAAACCAGAGUAAAUGAAGAAUUACAAGUUGCCAUUGACGGGAGGGUCUUAAAAAUUGGUAUCAUCGAAUUUGAUGAAGACUGGUUUCCUUUUCGAUUUGACAAGUCGGAGGAUUACUAUGAGACACAGGAUGAGGACGACGAAGAAGACAAUGAAUAUGGGAAUGAAGAAGAGGAUGGGAUAUCGGACACGUAUAUGGGGAACCUAGACGAUGAGAAGGAAGAAGGUGAGAUAUCACCGGAACUACAAACGGAAAAGAAUGUGAUUCAAUCGGAAGGUGGACAAGCGAUAAACACAGAGAUCGGAGAUGAAUUUCCGACCAGACAACCGGUAGUCAGAAGUAAGGUAAACGAAACGUCGGAAGAAGUGCAACGGACACUUGGUGAACAAAUGAUGGUGCGGGAUUCUAUGUUGACUGAACACGUAGCAUCGCCUAGAAUCUUGGAGGCAUUAAUGGAUAACGGUAACAUCCCUAGUCUAAUCCACAACUCAAAGGACAACUGCCCUGGCCUAGGUAUGGAAUCAAACCCAAACUUAAAUGGGCUUUCUUAUGAGCUACCCCCAAUUGGUUGUUUUGGGCCGUUUUCGUCUCCUAUUGUAUCAAACAAAGGCAUACGCCAGUCAUCUGAAGUAUGUAGUUCACUGGGGAAAAGGUGGAGACUAGAGCAUGACGAACCUAGACGACCUAUCCUUUUAAUAAAUCCGAUGACUGGCCUCUUUGACCUUGACGUACCCCCAUCACACAUGGCUUCCCAAACGGCGGUAGUCAAAGAAGUCGAUCACGCUCCAAUCGACAUUAACAUAGUCCCGUCUGAAAGUCAUGGAAACCUGAAUGAAGACGUGUCUGACGAUUUCUCCUCUUCUUCAACUGAAAUUAGAAAGACGGUAGAAAUUGGGAAUGCAUUAGGGUUUGAAAUUAGCCCCAAUGACCCAAUUUUAAAGGGAGUAAUGGGUGAAAUUGGCGAGGCUGCAGCACCACAAUGA